UCAGAGGGUCGCCGCCGCGUCUGCGCAUGGGGAGCUGGUUGCCGCUGCAGCCGCCUGGAAUUGUGGGGGUUGUGUCUGCCCCUCGGCUGCCGGGCGGGAAGCCGAAGAUCUGUAUCUAUGGCUCUCCAGGACCUGCCCCCUUCUAGGAUGGCUCUUCUGGGAAUGCUGCUUGGGCUGCUGAUGGCUUCCUGCUUCACCUUCUGCCUCAGUCAUCAGAACCCGGAGUUUGCGCUCACCAGCCCAGAGAAGAGCAGCACCAAAGAAGCGGAGAGAAAGGAAACCACAGCAGAAGAGGAGCUGGACCCUGAGGUCCUGGAGGUGUUUCACCCGACCCAUGAGUGGCAGGCCCUUCGGCCAGGGCAGGCUGUCCCUGCUGGAUCCCAUGUGCGGCUGAAUCUCCAGACUGGGGCAAGAGAAGUGAAACUCCAAGAAAAGGACAAGUUCCGAAGUAAUUUGAAAGGGUUGAAAAAAGGCAGAAGGCUGGACAUCAACAGUAACACCUACACAUCUCAGGACCUCAAGAGUGCACUGGCAAAAUUCAAGGAGGGGGCAGAAGUGGAGAGUUCAAAGGAAGACAAGGCAAGGCAGGCCAAGGUUAAACGACUCUUUCGCCCCAUCGAGGAAUUAAAGAAGGACUUUGAGGAGCUGAAUGUUGUCAUUGAGACUGACAUGCAGAUCAUGGUACGGCUGAUCAACAAGUUCAAUAGUUCCAGCUCCAGCCUAGAAGAGAAGAUUGCUGCACUCUUUGAUCUCGAAUAUUAUGUCCAUCAGAUGGAUAAUGCACAGGACCUGCUUUCCUUUGGCGGCCUUCAAGUGGUGAUCAAUGGGCUGAACAGCACAGAGCCCCUGGUGAAGGAGUAUGCUGCGUUUGUGCUGGGGGCUGCCUUUUCCAGCAACCCAAAGGUCCAAGUAGAGGCCAUUGAAGGGGGAGCCCUACAGAAGCUGCUGGUCAUCCUGGCUACAGAGCAGCCUCUCCCUGCAAAGAAGAAGGUCCUGUUUGCACUGUGCUCCCUUCUGCGACACUUCCCCUACGCCCAGCAGCAGUUCCUGAAACUGGGAGGGCUGCAGGUCCUGAGGAGCCUGGUGCAGGCGAAAGGCACAGAGGUGCUGGCUGUGCGCGUGGUCACUCUGCUUUAUGACCUGGUCACUGAAAAGAUGUUUGCUGAGGAGGAGGCCGAGCUCACCUGGGAGACGUCCCCAGAGAAGCUGCAGCAGUAUCGCCAAGUGCACCUCCUGCCGGGCCUGCGGGAGCAGGGCUGGUGCGAGAUCACCGCCCACCUCCUGGCCCUCCCUGAGCACGAUGCCCGAGAAAAGGUGCUGCAGACACUGGGUGCCCUCCUGGCCACCUGCCGGGACCGCUACCGUCAGGACCCCCAGCUCAGCAGAACGCUGGUCAGCCUGCAGGCUGAGUACCAGGCUCUGGCCGCCCUGGAGCUCCAAGACGGUGAGGAUGAGGGCUACUUCCGGGAACUGCUGGGCUCCAUCAACAGCUUGCUGAAGGAGUUAAGAUGAGGCUGCUCCCCAACACUGGGACUGGACUGGGACUUUAGUGAGGCUGACGGGCACCAGCUUGGCUGGGCUCUUGAGGGGACACCAGCCAGGAGGGAGGACUUCCCUCCUGGGGCCUGGACAUCAUCUGGGCAGUGCUGGCUUGGCCAUUAAAUGGAGGCAUGAGGGCC